CAUCAUUUUCUUUUGGUGACGAACUGGAAACUGACGUGUUGAGCACUUGAGCGAGACGAACUAGAAGUGGUAUUGCAACCUGCGCGUUUGUUAAUUUCUAAAUAGUUUUAAAGGUUGUAAAUUUAUAAUAAUAAUAGAUUCCUCCUUUUGAAGACAUAACGAUAUAAAAAUGCAAAUUUUCGUGAAGACUCUCACGGGUAAAACAAUUACUCUAGAAGUUGAGCCAUCAGACACUAUCGAAAAUGUGAAGGCAAAGAUCCAGGAUAAAGAGGGAAUCCCGCCAGACCAGCAACGUCUUAUCUUUGCUGGUAAGCAGUUAGAAGAUGGCCGCACCCUGUCAGAUUAUAACAUUCAAAAGGAGUCUACCCUUCACUUGGUAUUACGUCUUCGUGGAGGCAUGCAGAUCUUUGUGAAGACCCUCACUGGAAAGACAAUCACCUUGGAAGUGGAAGCAUCUGACACCAUUGAAAAUGUCAAAGCAAAGAUCCAGGAUAAAGAGGGAAUCCCACCAGACCAGCAACGUCUUAUCUUUGCAGGCAAACAGUUGGAAGAUGGCCGCACCCUGUCAGAUUAUAACAUCCAAAAGGAGUCUACCCUUCACUUGGUAUUACGUCUUCGUGGAGGCAUGCAGAUCUUUGUGAAGACCCUCACUGGAAAGACAAUCACCUUGGAAGUGGAAGCAUCUGACACCAUUGAAAAUGUAAAAGCAAAGAUCCAGGAUAAAGAGGGAAUCCCACCAGACCAGCAACGUCUUAUCUUUGCAGGCAAACAGUUGGAAGAUGGCCGCACCCUGUCAGAUUAUAACAUCCAAAAGGAGUCUACCCUUCACUUGGUAUUACGUCUUCGUGGAGGCAUGCAGAUCUUUGUGAAGACCCUCACUGGAAAGACAAUCACCUUGGAAGUGGAAGCAUCUGACACCAUUGAAAAUGUAAAAGCAAAGAUCCAGGAUAAAGAGGGAAUCCCACCAGACCAGCAACGUCUUAUUUUUGCAGGCAAACAGUUGGAAGAUGGCCGCACCCUGUCAGAUUAUAACAUCCAAAAGGAGUCUACCCUUCACUUGGUAUUACGUCUUCGUGGAGGCAUGCAGAUCUUUGUGAAAACCUUGACUGGAAAGACAAUCACCUUGGAAGUGGAAGCAUCUGACACCAUUGAAAAUGUCAAAGCAAAGAUCCAGGAUAAAGAGGGAAUCCCACCAGACCAGCAACGUCUUAUCUUUGCAGGCAAACAGUUGGAAGAUGGCCGCACCCUGUCAGAUUAUAACAUCCAAAAGGAGUCUACCCUUCACUUGGUAUUACGUCUUCGUGGAGGCAUGCAGAUCUUUGUGAAAACAUUGACUGGAAAGACAAUCACCUUGGAAGUAGAAGCAUCUGACACCAUUGAAAAUGUAAAAGCAAAGAUCCAGGAUAAAGAGGGAAUCCCACCAGACCAGCAACGUCUUAUCUUUGCAGGCAAACAGUUGGAAGAUGGCCGCACCCUGUCAGAUUAUAACAUCCAAAAGGAGUCUACCCUUCACUUGGUAUUACGUCUUCGUGGAGGCAUGCAGAUCUUUGUGAAGACCCUCACUGGAAAGACAAUCACCUUGGAAGUGGAAGCAUCUGACACCAUUGAAAAUGUAAAAGCAAAGAUCCAGGAUAAAGAGGGAAUCCCACCAGACCAGCAACGUCUUAUCUUUGCAGGCAAACAGUUGGAAGAUGGCCGCACCCUGUCAGAUUAUAACAUCCAAAAGGAGUCUACCCUUCACUUGGUAUUACGUCUUCGUGGAGGCAUGCAGAUCUUUGUGAAAACAUUGACUGGAAAGACAAUCACCUUGGAAGUGGAAGCAUCUGACACCAUUGAAAAUGUCAAAGCAAAGAUCCAGGAUAAAGAGGGAAUCCCACCAGACCAGCAACGUCUUAUCUUUGCAGGCAAACAGUUGGAAGAUGGCCGCACCCUGUCAGAUUAUAACAUCCAAAAGGAGUCUACCCUUCACUUGGUAUUACGUCUUCGUGGAGGCAUGCAGAUCUUUGUGAAAACAUUGACUGGAAAGACAAUCACCUUGGAAGUAGAAGCAUCUGACACCAUUGAAAAUGUAAAAGCAAAGAUCCAGGAUAAAGAGGGAAUCCCACCAGACCAGCAACGUCUUAUCUUUGCAGGCAAACAGUUGGAAGAUGGCCGCACCCUGUCAGAUUAUAACAUCCAAAAGGAGUCUACCCUUCACUUGGUAUUACGUCUUCGUGGAGGCAUGCAGAUCUUUGUGAAGACCCUCACUGGAAAGACAAUCACCUUGGAAGUGGAAGCAUCUGACACCAUUGAAAAUGUAAAAGCAAAGAUCCAGGAUAAAGAGGGAAUCCCACCAGACCAGCAACGUCUUAUCUUUGCAGGCAAACAGUUGGAAGAUGGCCGCACCCUGUCAGAUUAUAACAUCCAAAAGGAGUCUACCCUUCACUUGGUAUUACGUCUUCGUGGAGGCAUGCAGAUCUUUGUGAAGACCCUCACUGGAAAGACAAUCACCUUGGAAGUGGAAGCAUCUGACACCAUUGAAAAUGUCAAAGCAAAGAUUCAGGAUAAAGAGGGUAUUCCACCAGACCAGCAGCGUUUAAUCUUUGCUGGCAAGCAGCUGGAAGAUGGGCGUACUCUCUCUGAUUAUAACAUACAAAAAGAAUCGACUUUGCAUUUGGUUCUGCGUCUUCGUGGUGGCAAUUAAAACAUCAAGUAGUAUAACUGAAGUUCAAUUCCAUAUUAUAAUUUCUUGUAUUCAAUAAAAAUAACUUUCAAAAAAUUUCAUGUAAGCAUUCCAUUUGAAAUUCAAUAAAUCAGUUUGACUAA